AUUCGUCAUGCACAAAUCAUAAUGGGUGUACCAAAGUUUUAUCGGUGGCUUAGCGAGCGCUAUCCCUGCCUUAGUGAGGUGGUUUGCGAUGAUCAGAUCCCAGAAUUCGAUAACCUAUAUUUGGAUAUGAAUGGAAUAAUACACAAUUGCUCCCAUCCUGAUGAUAAUGAUGUUACUUUUCAAAUUUCGGAGGAUCAAAUAUUCCAUGAUAUAUUCCAUUAUGUUGAUGUUCUCUUUGGCAUAAUAAAGCCCAAAAAAGUAUUCUUCAUGGCUGUUGAUGGUGUCGCACCGCGUGCUAAGAUGAAUCAACAGAGAGCGCGGCGUUUCAUGUCUGCGAAAAAAAUGUUGGAAGCGCUAAAAAAAGCAAAAAAUGCAGGUGUGGAGAUUCCAAUCGAGAAACCGUUUGACUCAAAUUGUAUUACACCAGGUACAAUGUUCAUGGAUCGUCUUCAUCAGCAGUUACAGUAUUUUAUUCAGUUGAAGAUUGCUACGGAUAGUUGUUGGCAAGGGCUUCGAGUAUAUCUUUCUGGUCAUGAUUGUCCAGGAGAGGGUGAGCACAAAAUAAUGGAUUUUAUACGUUAUGAAAGAAGUCGUUUUGAUUAUAAUCCUGAUACCAGACAUUGCCUAUACGGUCUUGAUGCAGAUUUGAUAAUGUUAGGAAUGUGUACACAUGAACCUCAUUUCGCUUUAUUGCGUGAAGAAGUGAAAUUUGGACGACGGAAAAAUCGUACUGAGAAAUAUAGAUGUGAUGUUGAUGGAUUAAGAUUUCAAUUAUUACAUCUCUCUUUACUUCGGGAAUAUGUUUCAUUGGAGUUCCUGUCACUAAAGGAUAUAUUACGGUUCAAGUACGACUUAGAAUGUGUAAUUGAUGAUUGGGUACUUAUGGCUUUUUUAGUCGGUAACGAUUUCAUACCUCACCUUCCACAUAUUUUUAUCCAUGAUAAUGCUUUAUCUCUGCUAUAUCACGCAUAUAGUGAAGUCUUACCUCAGUUAGAUGGUUAUAUCAAUGAGGCAGGUAUUUUGAAUUUACGACGUUUUGAAGUUUUUUUGAAAUAUCUUGCCAUAAAUGAUAAGAAGAAUUUUAUUCAACACAUGGAUAAUGUAGCGUACCUAUCUUCCAAGCGAAGAUCUUAUGCUUUAAGAAGCAGUGCUCUUGUUCAGAUUUGUCCUGAUAAUCCAAGUCCAGAGGAUAUUGAAGAUUUAGAAUCAUGUUCUGAUGUCGAUUCUGAAGAAGAGAUGCCUGAGUUAGUUUCUCGUAAAACCCAUAAAGAAGCGUUUGAUACCGACAAUGAUUUUUCUGAUAGUAGUUUUUAUGCGAAAUUUCUGAAUUCUAACGAAGCAUUAUCUCGUGAUAGUCUUUCUAAUUCUCUGUUAAAUGACGAAGACUAUGAAAACGAUUGCCAGGCAGUUUGGACUCCUAUCGUAAAUAGAGAAUUCAAGAAUUAUAAACGUACCUAUUAUUGUGAUAAACUGAAAUAUAAAAAUAUAAGUAAGGAAGAACUUCGGGAACAGGCGCAGGGCUACAUUCGAGCUAUUCAGUGGAAUUUGCAUUACUACUAUCAUGGUUGUUGCAGUUGGAGCUGGUUUUACCCGCAUCAUUAUGCUCCUUACAUAUCUGACAUCGUUGAUUUUGCGGACAUGGAAAUGGGUUUUGAUUUUGGUAAACCAUUUCUUCCAUUUGAACAGUUGUUAGCCGUUUUACCGGCAUCAAGUUCAGAUUGUUUACCAGUACCUUUUCAGGAAUUAAUGAGUGACCCAUCGAGUCCAAUCAUUGACUUUUAUCCUGAAGAAUUCAAUACUGAUUUGAAUGGAAAAAAGAAUGAAUGGGAAGCAGUAGUUCUGAUACCAUUUAUUGAAGAAAAUCGCCUUCUAGAAGCCGUUGCUACGAAACUGCCAUUUUUAAACAGUGAGGAGCAGCGAAGGAACAGACAUGGCCCUCAUCUACUAUUUACAUAUGACCAGGUGUCGUCACAUUAUUUGAAAUCCUCAUAUCCUAGUGUUUUCCCUGAUAUCGGAGAAUGUAGCGUCAAGGUAGAAGCUAUUGGAAUGGACCAAUUUCGCAUACCACGCAAUGUUGUAGUUCAUGGUAUGCUGCCUGGAGUCAAAUUGGGUGUGGUCUUUCCCGGUUUUCCUGUGAUGACGCAUAUGUGUCAUAGGGCAGAGCUUCUUUUUGCGGAUAUCAGAGUCUUCCAGCAACCGUCCAAAAAUCAGUCAUUGAUUAUCAACAUUGAUAGCAGGCCUGAUUUUCCAGAGGAUACUUCUAAAUUAGCUCUUAAGUUGAUCGGAGCAGAGGUUCAUGUGAAUUGGCCGCUUCUUCAGAAAGCUCUGGUGUGUGAGCUGUGGACGAGUGGCAAAAAUGAAUAUGAAAAGCGCGGCAUUUGUGUGCGAGAACCCAAGGGUAUAGUCAUAGUUAAAAUUGCAUUCGGUUCACGAAAAUUUUUCGAUGGGCAAAACAUGGUGACAGAGUGGUUUUAUCCUGAUGUUCAGGAUACUGUUCCUGUUUCACUAGGUCUUGUAGUUCAGAAUACAUUAGAGAAUUGGGAUAUGGCUCUCUCUCUGAAGGAAGCGUAUUCGAUCGGCAAAAUAGUUUUCAUUUGUACGCCUGCAAGCAGAUAUUAUGGUUUUCCUGGUGUUAUCACUAGAAAUUGUUUGAAUGAAAAAAAGAUGCUUCUUGUUUCUUGUUCUAUCACGUCAACCUCAAAUGUUUGCUUUGAUUAUUUGAUAGAGAAUUAUAAUAAGUACAGCCUGAAAUGGUACAAUGUAUUUGAAGUUUCGAAAUUUUUGCGAAGUAGUGCUCUUGGUCGUAUAACAGGAUUUCUCUUCGCUACGUUAAAUAAAUCUGACAAUGAAUCAUCUAAAAGUAGACUUUACAACCAAGUCAAUAUCGGUCUUCAGUUUAAGCUUUCAAAAAGAAAUAUGUCUAUGCUAGAUUUCAUGCGCCGUUCUCCAGAAGGUUAUUGGUUAUAUUCAUCAAAUGCGAUGCAAACUAUUCAAAAAUACAAAAUGAAGUAUUGCUUAUUUUGUUUGAAAAAGUUUUUAUCCGAAACUUUGUCGAAAGAUCCUCUUGAAUCAACUAAUACUUUCUUUGUGGAUUCUCGAGCUAUAAAAGAAGUGGAAAAACAAAUACGAAAACUUCAAGAUAUUCCGCUGAAAAAAACUUUUCGGCGUUUGAUGGUAAAACCGCGAGUCCUUUUUAUGGAGGAAUUAAGCAAAGGUGAUAUUAUGCCAGAUCGAAACGUUCAGUUUCAAUUGCUAGAUCGAGUCGUUUGCGUUAGAAAGCUGAGGACCGCACCAUGUGGUGAAUUUGGUACUGUGAUUGGGGUUCAUGAAGCUGAAGAAAAGAGCAGAAUUGAAGUGUUAUUUGAUAAGCCAUUUUUUGGUGGCAAAGCUAUUCGGGGUAGUAAGAACACUGGAGCAAAACUGCCGCCCUGUGCUUUAAUUAAUUUGACCCAUGGAAUGAGAGUACGAAGCGGGAUGAAAUCAAAUGAACGUGCUAAGAAACCAGGAGAAAUUAAUCGUGAGUUUUCAAGUGAAAACAUGCAUAAACACUUCACAGGCGAGCAGUUUGGUAAAGCAGUGAUACAUGGAAAUAAAAGAUUACUUCAUAGCAAUGAUAAGUUUGCGUCUUCUAUGAAGAAUGAAAAAGAAGCAUUACAUUCGGAAAACAAUAUGCUUGGAGCUCCGAUCUCGAGUUAUUCUUGGCAAAGCUGUAGAUCGAAUAAUCAAAAUUUGUCUUCAUUUCCGACAACGUUUGAAAGGAACACGAUGAUUAGAAGGGAUACAGCAUUAUGGAAUGGGGAAAGGCGGUCGCAAAACAGUAGUUCAGAAGCUUCCAUGCGCAGAAAUAAUAAGACGUCACGAGAGAAAUCAAGAUUGAGUAAAGACGCUCCUUCUAAGACUUCUAUGCCGUUCAGAAGUUACCAUUCAUCACGUACAGAAGUUACCAUUCAUCCUGGAAUGUCGUCACGAGCAGCUGAAAGAAGGGAGAGGUUGCAAAAUAGCGUAAAAGGGAGAUGGAAGAAAGAAAAAGCGUUAGCAGAGCAACGGGACAUUGCUUUUGAUAAACUAAUUAGACUAUUUGAUAAUCAAAGACUCAGCACUCGAGAAUCCGAUAGCAGUAGCAGCAGAUCGUAUAGUAGCAGAUCGUAUGAUGCAAAUCUGAACACUGAUUUGUGUGCCUUCAACUCUGCUCCAGGUUCUUCGCAUGUUGAGUUGGGUUUUCCAGUGUUCAAUGAGGUUUCAACGGAAGGAAAGCGAAGGAAUAAGAAAUCAAGUGAUUCGCUCCAACGAGAUUAUAGAAUGACUGAAUCAAAUAUCGCUUCGUCGAACGUUCCUGUUUGGAGAGGCAAAAUGUGUUGGUGA